AUGCAGGACGCUCAAGUCCCGGAGGCGUCUGACGCAGACUCCUCCAAGUUAAAACCACAACCCGGUCAAGUUCGUUUUUCGUCCGUCACGGAGGAGAUUGAACCAUCUGUCAAGUCCCCAUCGGCUCAGGAUCCCGCCCUUGAAGGGAAACCGUCUUCUCUGAUCCCGAAUCAGACACCCGACGAAGAAAUACGCACAUUGGCCGCUACCUUCCAACGUUCUCAGCUGCAGGAGUCGAGACUUCGGAACUUUUCCUAUGAGCCCGUCUCUUUGCCGUCUUCAAGGGUUGCUUCCCGAGAAUCCAGCGAUCGCAGUACUCGAGAAGCUAAUGGUUCCAAUCCUCACUCUCCGCGCGCCUCCCCACACGCAUCAGCCAUGCAAUCGCCCCCUCUCACCCCGGCCGCUACGCAUUCGCACGACACCAAGACGAGCGAUAGUGCUGUCAGUGUCAAUGGAAGCGACAAGGGAGGACUGGCACAGUCCACCCCGAUGACCCCAGAGACGUCCCCGCCUGGUUCGACAGCGGAGAAGAAACCGGCUCCACAAAGCGCGCCUACCUCGCGACCCUCAUCAACCGACCGUUUGUCCCAUAGACAAAGCGAUAUUUCACGCGAGUCUACGAAACGCCCGUCCGAUGCAACCAAGCAUCCGCACUUCUUUGGCGCCGGUACGGACUUGAAGCGCCAGGAAGAGAGCCGUCCAUCCUCUGCACGAAAGAUCGAUACCGGAAGUUAUACUCCUCCCGGUGCCAUCACCCCGGUUGGUGAACCGAACGACCCAUACGCUCGCAGCAAGCGGCCCCCGCCACCCAAGAACCUUGCACAACUCGAUCCUCGAUUCAUUUUCGGAAGUCGUGAUUUGAAACGCCGGGCACAGAGUUUUCGUCCCGGGACCCCACGUUCAUCCAGCGCGGGAGACCUUAAGUCAAACGAUAAGCGAGGUCACCUAUUUGGAAGUCACAAGAAGGAUCUGGGCCGGGAGGACUCAGAUGGCAAGCAUCAUGGCCAUAUGGCUGAGCUCAAGCGAUUCUUCAAAAUUGGUCACCACCGGCAUAAGCGCAAUGACUCCCCCUCAUCGCCUUCCAAGAAGUCAAGCCGAUCGUCUGGCAAGAAUACACCAUUUCAAAUGGCACCCGACAAUGUUCCGUUUGCCGAUGACCACGGUUUGAAUUCCAAGUACGGAAAACUUGGAAAGGUGCUGGGGUCUGGAGCCGGUGGUUCCGUUCGUCUCUUGAAACGGAAUACCGACGGCGUCACGUUUGCGGUGAAGCAAUUCCGAGACCGCCAUAGUUGGGAGACCUUGAAAGAAUAUUCCAAGAAGGUGACGGCAGAAUUCUGUAUUGGAUCGACGCUACACCAUGGCAACAUCAUCGAGACCCUAGAUAUCAUUCAAGAAGGCAGCCAUUGGUAUGAGGUGAUGGAAUACGCUCCAUUUGACUUGUUUGCCAUCGUUAUGACCGGCAAGAUGGCGAAGGAGGAGAUCGCUUGUUCAUUCAAACAGAUUCUCAGUGGUGUGGCCUACCUGCACGGAAUGGGUCUGGCCCAUCGGGAUCUGAAGUUGGAUAAUGUGGUUGUUAAUGAGCACGGCAUCAUGAAACUUAUCGACUUUGGCAGUGCGGUUGUGUUCCGUUAUCCGUUUGAAAACGACAUUGUUCCCUCUUCAGGGAUUGUGGGUUCAGACCCGUAUCUGGCCCCCGAGGUCUACGAUGAGAAAAAGUAUGAUCCGCGGCCCACGGACAUCUGGUCAUUAGCGAUCAUUUUCUGCUGUAUGACUUUACGACGUUUUCCCUGGAAGCAGCCACGGACAAAUGAUAACUCGUACCGACUGUUUGUUUCGCCUCCAACGCCAGGAACGCCCGUCCCAGAUGCCGAACCGAGACGCCAUCGUCCAACCAGGUCUAACACUGAUAUUCCCUCUUCUACUCAUGACGAGCACAAGCAAUCGCAGGCGAAUAAAAACGGAUCGUCGGGCAAGUCAGAUAGCGCUCAACGCUCGGACCAACGACAAUCUAAAUCUGAACAAAAUGAAAACCAACCCCCCGAGAGUCCGCAAGACAAAACUCCUAGCAACGGCACCAGUAACGGUAACAACAAGCCUACGCGCACCACGAGCAAAGAGGCGCCCCCGCUUCCACCCAACUCCCAGUCGAGUGCCCAACGUCAGGAGGUUAUUAAGGGUCCCUGGAGGCUGUUGCGCAUUCUUCCCCGUGAAAGCCGGUAUAUCAUUGGCCGAAUGCUCAAGGUUGCCGUGAGCCAACGCGCCACUUUGGACGAAGUCCUAAGUGAUGACUGGGUCCGCAGCAUUCAGGUUUGUGAGCAAGACGAGAAGACGGGUCAGACCGUCAAAGCUCCAAACCAUACCCAUGUCUUGGAACCGCCCUCCAAUGCCCCUCCCAUCCAUAUCCUGUGUCUCCAUAUUUCCGGUGCCGUCGCCGGCCUUACGGUCGACUGCUCCCUCUACCCCCUCGACACGAUCAAGACCCGUCUCCAAAAAGCCCGAAGCCAUGCCCCCACCACAAACGCACCAGCACCUCAAGUCUCCCUCCGCCAAACCAUCCGCGGUAUCUACGCCGGCCUCCCCUCCGUCCUCUUCGGUUCCGCGCCAUCGGCCGCUUCGUUCUUCAUUGUUUACGACGGCGUGAAGCGCUCAUUGUUACCUCCUCCGAAUAGCUCUGAGAAGGCGUCGCGGACACAUAUUACACUUACGCACUCUAUUGCGUCGUCGAUGGGUGAGAUUGCUGCUUGUGCGGUGCGGGUUCCUACAGAGGUUAUCAAGCAGCGCGCGCAGGCGGGGUUGUUCGGUGGGUCGAGUUUGCUUGCGCUGAAGGAUAUUUUGGCGCUGAGAAAUGCGCAUGGGUAUGGGCAGGUGGUGAGGGAAUUGUACCGCGGUGCGGGGAUUACUAUUGCGCGGGAGAUCCCGUUCACCGUGCUGCAGUUUACGUUGUGGGAGGGGAUGAAGGAGAGGUAUGCUAAGCGGAUGGCUGCGUCUGGCGCUGUUCCUACUGGGACUGAGGGACAAGUGCCUGCGUCGACGAGUGCGAUGUUUGGUAGUGUUGCUGGCUCUAUUGCGGCGGGGUUGACGACGCCGUUGGAUGUGGUUAAGACGCGGGUUAUGCUUGCAAGGAGGGAGGAUGGUGCUGCUGGUGAGGGUGCGAAGGCAAGGAUUAGGGAUGUUGUGCAGGAGAUUUCGAAGGAAGGGGUUGGGGCUUUUUGGAGGGGGAUUGGGCCUCGUGUGGCGUGGAUUGGGGUUGGAGGGGCUAUAUUUUUGGGUAGUUAUCAGUUUACAUGGAAUACGUUGGAGGGGAAGGAUCGGGGGAAGAUUUGUACAUAUGUUGAUGGUAGGAGACAGUGGCAUAGAAGUGUAUUCGGUAGUGAGCCGUCAUACUUGCUGAUCUCAUGCAGCUGCAACAUUGCUUCUCUCAACUACUAUCAACUACUACAUGUACUCAGUGUCCCCUCUAUAUUAAAAUAUCCUACUCACCAGAGGGUCGCAUAUGUGCUCCCUCUUCCAGAUGCUCCCGGCGGUCAUCGGCUGGGGGUGAACGGCUUAACCGUCGACGCCGACCAUUCCAUCCUCUAUUCCGCCGGUCGCGAUGGUGUCGUCUGUUCCUGGGACCUCAACCGCCCUCUGUCCUCCAAAACACCUCCUUCGUUCCUAGGCUCCAAGCAACCGGGCCAGACAACGUUUCGGAACCAGAUCCAGGCACAUAGCCAUUGGAUCAACGACAUUGUCUUAACCCAAAACAACUCCGCCCUUGUUUCUGCAUCUUCGGACACGACCGUGCGCUUAUGGCGACCUCACUCGGAGUCGACGGAUGUGCCCGCGCGCAUUGGGAAACACGCCGAUUAUGUGAAAACUCUUGCGACGCCGGGGAAUCAUGCCAAUUGGGUUGCGUCGGGUGGUUUGGAUCAUAAGCUGCACUUGUGGGAUUUGAAUGGCGGCGGCGAGGUCUUGAAUAUCGAUGCAUCUGGGGACGAUCGCACGGCCAAGGGCUCUGUCUAUGCUUUGGGAGCUGUGUCAUCUGUUCUGGCUAGUGGUGGACCUGAGAGUGUGGUUAGGGUGUGGGAUCCAAAGUCUGGAAAAUUGAUCACGAAGUUUGUAGGACAUACGGAUAAUAUUCGCGACAUUCUUGUCAAUCGCGAUGGCGAUACGAUCAUGACAGCCUCGUCCGAUCAGACCAUCAAGAUUUGGUCCCUUACCGCCGGAAGAUGCAUGCAUACGUUGACGAUGCAUAACGACAGCGUCUGGUCGCUUUACUCGAACCAUCCGCAAUUGUCCGUCUUCUACUCUAGCGAUCGCUCCGGCCUUGUCGCAAAGACCGAUACCAGAAACUCCCCGGACAUCGAGCAGGGAAUCUGUGUCGCGGCGCUGCAGGAGAACGAAGGGGUUGUUAAGGUAGCGGCCGCAGGGGAUUAUCUCUGGACAGCUACUCCCAAAUCCAGCAUUAAUCGCUGGCAUGAUAUCGACACGACCGCUGAGAUCGAGCCGCCAUCCGAUGACCGUGAGAGUGCCGCGAGCCCGCCGCCUGCCAACGGGGCGCAAGCAAAGCGGAAGAAGAUUCCUUACAAUUCCGUCCUACUCCUGUCAAGCACCUCGACUUUCCCUGAAGCGAACGUGCCGCCAGGGAGACCUUCCAUUGAGUCCGUUGUGGAGGACGAAUUUGAACUUACGUUGCCCAUCCAAACACUGCCAGAGGAGACGAUUGAGGGCCAAAACGGGUUAAUCAAGCAUCUCAUGUUGAAUGACAGGAAACGCACAUUAACCCAGGAUAGUGCGGGAGAAGUUGUUCUAUGGGAUUUGCUGAAGUGUGCCCCGAUCCAAUCGUUUGGCAAGCGCCAUAUGGACGAUGUCGAAGCCGAAAUCAACACUACAGAGAGUAUCGCACACUGGUGCACAAUUGAUAUUCGGACAGGAAGACUAUCUGUCAUUCUGGAAUCCAACCGCUGCUUUGAUGCAGAGGCGUAUGCAGAUGAGAUUGAUUUGCCUGAUCGGUCAGAGCUUAGAGAUGAUCAAAGAAUCAACCUUGGAAAAUGGAUAUUGCGCUGGCUCUUUGCCCCGUUGGUCGACGCAGAAAUUAAUCGAGACCAAGAGUAUCGUGCAGAAACAGUAAUGAAGGGCGAAGAGGUUGCGCGGCAAACCUCGGCGAAUUUGUCACCUUUUGAUAUCCCGACAGGAGAUGUACCAAGGAGCUUGAACAUUCCGAUUCCUCAUAACGAUGCUCCUCCUACGACUCCACGGGCGGGCAGUGACGUGUUUGGAAGUCCGACGACCCCCGGGUUUGGUAUCGGAUUCGCCAAUACCCCUGGGACUCUGUCAUCGUCUAUGGGCGGUGGCAGCAAUAGCAACAACCUGGGCACAUCACCCGGUCAUAGUUUGGGAGAAUUUGCAGACAGUUUGGCAUCGCCUACACCCCAGCAAACGCUAGAUGCCACCCGAAGUUCCAUGUCAGACCGAUCCAGCGACUAUUUCACAUCGAAAAUGCAAACCGCAGAGACAGAUAAAGGCAGUCAGGGCGACCAAACACCAACAGCUCUUCCGCUUUCACCUGUCGAACCGGACAAGGAAGAUAAGAAGAAGGGAAGCUCCCUGUUCAGUAAGAAAUUCCGCAUGGGAAAACUCGGCCGGACACCGUCCGAAGUCAAGCCACAGCAACAGAUCCAGGAAGAAAAGGAGAAGCCGGAGGAAUCUGAUCGUUCGUCCGUCAAGGAAGAAAAGGUGUUUGAGAACAAUUUGAGUGGGUUUAUCGAGCGGAUUCGACAUGGAUACGAUGAAUUCCUCGCUGCGAACCCUGGGCAGGACUUGACCUCGGCUAUCACGCCUAUCCCUGAUAACGAGACCCCUAGGUUGAAUAUCCCGCCGAAGACAGUUGUUUUCAUACAGGAGGAGUCUGGGGAUACAGCAGUUGCUUCUGAUCUGUACAGAGGGAGCGUUGGUCGUCUAAGUGAGGAAAUUGACCAGUUGGAGAAGUCGAUUCCUCUAUGGCUCGCAGAGCUUCUUUUGAAGGAUCAAAUGCCACAGAAAGAUCCUGUCAAGGUGGCGUUUACUUUGCGACCAGUUGAUGAUCUUCUGCCACCGGUAGUUAAGCCAGACGGACCCCCUCUCAAUGGCCCCAGCAAUCAUAACAACUCCCGUUUGAAUGCGAACAGAAUGCUACGUGCCAAGAAGAUACUCGCCUACAUCGCCGAACGAAUCGACCCGACCUUCACCGAAGAGCCCGCGGAGGAUGCACUGAAGCCAGAGGAGUAUCUUGAACUUUAUUGUCAGAACAUGUUAAUCCCCCCGAAUAUGACAUUAACAACGAUCCGUAACCACAUCUGGCGCACCUCAGGCGACAUGGUCCUCUACUACAAGUCAAACGGAAAGAAAGACCUCCCAAUGCCCGGGUCAGGUGGCGACGAGGAUAAAAGCCAAGCUGGCUCUCAUCUACGAGCAGAACCAGCUAACGGAGGAGAGAAUGGCAGCGCGCCAACAGGCAGUAUUCAUUCUCUGACGGCAUCGGGGUCUGGUUCGACGUCUAUAAUCAAUUUUUAG